CGUCUGUUUCAAGUCGAGCGAUAAACCUUUAUCUCGGACGACGUCGAGGAUGAAAGACAAAGAUCUCUCUGGCGGACAGAAGUCUGUUAACAAUGGCACGGUUAACGGUCAGGUGGUGAUGGAUCAAGAACCUCUACAGCUGAAGAGAAACAUCGGACUCGUCAGUGGGAUCGCAUACAUCGCCGGCAUGAUUAUAGGAUCAGGGAUCUGGAUAACUCCACAAGGCGUUCUGCAAAACACUGGCUCGGUGGGACUCAGUCUGAUACUGUGGUGUGUUGGCGGAGUGAUUGCCAUGUUCGGAAUGCUGACCUAUUGCGAACUCAUUUCGGUUAUACGGAAGGCCGGUGGCGACUACGCGAUAUUCUUCAAGACUCUAGGACGGGUUCCAGGUUUUCUCUUUAUAUGGACCGCCGAGAUCGCCAGGAACCCCUCGACCAGGGCGGUCCAGACCAUAACAUUCGCCACGUAUUUGUCGGAUUUCCUUGACGUCUGCGGGUCUCCGAUCGUCAUCAAGAAACUUAUCGGCGCUUCCGCUCUGAUACUGGUGUGUAUCGUCAACUGCUACAGCACGUUGCUGGGUGCCCGGGUACAGGUCAUCUUCACGACUAUCAAGGUGGCGGCUCUCUUCAUGAUCAUUAUCGGUGGGCUGGUCGCCAUAGCACAAGGUCAAGUUGCCGACCUACCUACAGGUUUCCAGGGAUCGAUAACCGCCCCGUCUAACAUAGCCCGUGCUCUACUGUCUGUUGGCUUCUCUUACGGCGGAUGGAACAACCUGAACUACGUAUUCGAGGAGGUGAAGAAUCCAAGGAGGAACAUCAUUCUGUCGGCGAUCCUGGGCACGAUACUGGUGACGUUCGUCUACAUCAUGACCAACCUGUCGUACCUCGCCCUCCUCACCAGGGCCGAGAUGUUCCAGUCGGAGGCCGUCGCUCUGACAUGGGGCCAGAAGAUGCUGGGACCGGCAGCGUUCAUAUUACCUCUGGCUGUGAUGAUCUCCACGCUUGGUUCCAUGAACGGAUCAUUGGGCACCCUCACCAGAGGACCAUUUGCAGCAGCGAGAGAUGGGAACUGGUUCGAUGUUCUGUGUUUCAUCAGUGUCAAGCGCUACACACCCAUGCCUUCAAUAGUGAUGCACGUAACAAUAGCUCUGAUUUUCCUCAUACAAGGCACAGUGACGUCUCUGAUUGGCUUUCUCAGUUUCUUCACCUGGGUGUUCUCAGGACUGGCAAGCAUCUGUUUAAUCAUACUGCGUUUCAAAGAGAAGGACUGCCCUGAACGAUUUAAGGUUCCCAUACUGAUUCCCAUUGUGUUUUUUCUGAUGUGUGUGUUUCUAAUAGUGGCCCCGAUUGUCCAGAAUCCACGGAUUGAGACCCUUUACGCGGCGCUGUUUGUAGUCAGUGGAGUCGUGGUGUAUAUUCCGGCCUUUCAUUUCAAGCUGAAGCCAAAGUUUCUUAAUAAAAUCGAGAUGUACAUCCAAAUGAUUUUCGAACUCGCACCAUCAUCCUAUGUGGAACAAUGAUAACCCGAUACCACCAGUAUUCCAAUAAACAGUGAAAAUAAUAUCUUAUGUGAACAUUCACCAUAGCUUUCGUCUACAGUGACACAAGCACACACAGCGAUGGACAUCCAUGACCAAACACACGCUCCAUGUAGGCUAUAUGCAGUAUAGCAAUUAACAUGUUUUAUAGCUGAGCUUGGGGUUGAGAUUAUGCCGUACUAGCACAUCACCCCUUAGGUCUAGUUGUAAAGUAAAUAACCAGAGUAUUGCUAAAUAUUAUACUGCACGUGUAUAUCCAAGUAAUCAAUGUACAUGUAUAUUCAAGUAAUCAAUGUAUGUUUAUAUUCACUAGGAUACUGUAACGAGUGUAUAUGUUUUGUAUGUUGUGAAAUAAAAGUCAAACACAUAGAGUGAUUCCACAUACAUGUACGUCCUAUACCGGCAAUCCACAUAUAUGUACACAAUAGUUAAAAAGUUAAAGUUUGUUUUGUUUAACGACACAACCAGAACACAUUGAUUUAUUAAUCAUCGGUUA